AAUAAUAAUAAUAAUAAUAAUAAUAAUAAUAAUAAUAAUAAUAAUAAUAAUAAUAAUAAUAAUAAUAAUAAUAAUGAUAAUAAUAACUAUCCAGUUCUAGAACGGGAGGAAACCAUUAGUCACAUUGUGGAAAAGUGCAAGAAAUUGGCUCCGAGAGAAUACAUAGAGAAUACUUCAUGGAAAGAGCGGGCGUACAGUAUUUACGCACGAGUUGUUGACGUAUCAGAAAUCUCACUCGUUCGCUGUUCUCACUCGUUCGAUUUCUGAUACAAAAACAACGAGUGCGUAAAUACCGUACAAAGCCCUUUCCAUGCAGUGUUGUGUUUAUUAUAUACAUACUGAGACAUUCAUCAUUUUAGCAGCCUUUUAUUUCCGGUCUCACCGAAAUGCUAAAAUUUGCCGCUAGAGGAAACGAAGUAUCAGCUGCAGUAAAAACGUUUGUUAAAAAUGUAAUGAGGGUAAGGAUAUGAGGUAAUCCAAGAUUAAGAAUUACAAGUACUGUAAUGUUAGCUUUUUGUUUUGAAUGAAAGAGGCUCGAUAUAAAGCAUAACUUAAGUUUACGUCUCGUUCCGUUUUUUCCCAUUCCGCUGUUGUUUAGUCGUAUCUCUAGAAUUUUCGUCAUCUACAGUGAAACAAACGAAACUAUUUAAGCUUAAUACACUUUAAUUUCCGAGAUGUUUUUGACUUUCUUUACGAGAAAAACUCUUUGAGAAAAACGUUUCUCGUUGAAUGUCUGCGAAGAAACUUGUUAAGCUGCAAGCUUCAAGCGCCUAUAAAAGGCGGGAAUUUCGGCGCGAAACUCACACACCUCUGUGGCUUCUGAUUGGACGUAUUAUUUUUCUCACACGUGAAAAAGACACCGCUCGCUAUUCUGAUUGGACGUAUCAUUUUUUUUUUUCACGUGUGGAGACACGACCAGGUUCGUAAAUGUGUUCACUGGAGACUGUCAAAAGUUUGGUUUUGCUCCCGCAACUGGUAUGAUCACGAGCCAAGGCAAGUGGAGGAAUCAGAAGAAUGCAAGUUACUAUCAUGGGAUUUUCCUAUUCAAGCUGACCACAAAAUAGAGCGCAACAAACCAGAAAUCUUCUUGUAG